CGACGAUUUCCAAGGCUGUCCAACAUGCCCAUACUUUGGCGAACUCACAGCGCCAGCCUCUCAACUCCGGCACGUUGACAGCGACAUGCUCGCACUGGCCUGUCAGCUUCAUUUUCUACUAAAUGUCGCCGAUGACCCAUACACAUUUAGCUGGCUUCCUGGAAUGGAAGAACCCAGCAAACAAUUGUCAAGUGACGAUUGUAUCAUCAACUACAACUCAAGGAGUACGGAUCUCACGAGCUUACACAAAAGGAACAUAGGAGAACUCGGGUGAACAUAUUUGCUGGAAUAUUGUAGAUGUUUCUCCCGUGAUGUGGAGAAACAUCAUUUUGUUUUGUACCGUCUCGACACAUUAUUUGUCAAGUCCCCUUCCCCACCACCUGCCACUCCCCUCGACUUCCCCGGAUACCCCUGACUGCUUGAACUGGAUAUCUCCAGCUCCUUCACUCUUUUCUAUCCCCAAAACACACUGGCUUGUACGUAUUUGCUAUGGAGGAAGCCUCCCAUGCCACUGUGAAGGAUUUCUUUGGUUUAUAGACCUCACUUCAAUACAAGCGUCGCUCCUUGCUGUCACGAUUACCCUCAGAGUUAGCUGCUCAUUUACAGUCCUGACUACCUAGGCUGGUGUAUCUACCUCAAGAGACACCGGUUGUUGACGACACCCUCAAUACAAACUUUACACUCUUUUGUUGCCUCAAUGGUGUGUUGCAAGUUGGGCAAGAUGCACCGUCUCUCUAAUCAAAGGCCUCUUUCGCUGUGGCUAAAUUCCACCUUCAUGUUCAACAUUCUAUUUAGUUGAAACGAUGGGCAUAUGUGUGCCAGUACUUCUUUGCCAAAGAGAUCUUAUAGAUCCAUUGCGUGCAAAGCCAUCACAGAAUGACAAACAAUUUGCGUGGGAUAGGCUUCCUGUCAGCUCAGGACCUGGAAGUAGAAAAACAAAAAGUCCUUGAAAUCUUCUACCUAGGGUCCCGCAUGAUGCGCCUGUCGUUGAGAAAAGCUUAUGGAGACGUUCCAUCUGGCCCACCGAUCCCGCUUGUUUCCCC